CAAGGUCAGAUUGUUACGCGCGCUUUCUUUACCUGUUGCGUUCGACAACACGCGCGUGUACGAUUAUUUUGAUCCGCUCGGAGAAACGCAAAAGUGACAAUUUAACGCGAGCUGUUACACAUUGCGUGCACGCGUAAGUGUUUCACGGCAGAGUGUAAAUUUUGCUUGUGCAAAGUGUAAAGUGCUUAUUUUACCCGUACUUUGUCACUCUCUCGUGUGUGCGUGCAUAAUAUAACCUAAAAUUUAACGGAGUAAAGUUGACGCCGGCGCAAAAUAUCAUAAUUACGAAAUGUAAAGCGGUACUGAUUGCAUAGUCGUCUCUGAUAUUAUUGUCGUCGCUGAAUCGUCUCUUUGCAAUAUAAUGAUGAAUAAUGCACAUUGUUACUCACUGUAAUAAUUGUGCAUAUGAGGACCAUCAAUAGUUUGGAAUACAUAUUUUAUUGAAGAUUGUGCAAUAUUUAUUAUUGAAAGAUGGCAGAUUUUCUUUCCGCUGAGCUUACAGCUACUUGUGCUGUGCUUGGAUAUUUUGAUGGAACUGAUUAUCAUUUAGAUAAACAUUGUUUAGAUGUUAUAAAAGAUCUUAUCAGAUAUCUUAGAAGAGAUGAUGAUGCACAUACUAUAAGAUGCUUUCUUGGUCGUACAAAAUUACUUCAAACAGAUCUUGUAAAGAUUCUUAUACAUCAUGUUAAGAAUACUGAGUUAUGGGAUGUUCUAUUACGAUUACUUAUUAAUUUAACAAGUUCUGCAUUUGUAAUUUUUAAUGAACAAAUUCCAACUGAGAAAACUAUGUACAGUUUGUACCAACAAAUAAAUUCACAUUUACAAGGCUACAAGGCAGCAUUAACUGAUGACAAUGUUUGGAUAACAGUAGGUGGACGUUUGGAAAAAUUGCUUAAUAUUGAUAGUACAGAAAGAGAGGAGGAAAAUGAAUUAACAAUUGAAAGAAUACUUCUUUUUAUGAGAAAUGUAUUGCAAGUACCACCUAAUGAUAAUGAUAAAAGAGGUGAUAAUGACGCUACUGUUCACGACGAGAUAUUGUUUGCAUUGCACGCAUCAGGUAUAGUGGAUAUACUGUUGUUUAUUAUCAGCAAUAAUAAGGAGCAGCAUUAUCACAUGCAAAUUUUAGAGAUUAUAUCUUUGAUGUUACGUGAGCAAAGUGCAAAUCAAUUGGCUGCAUCUGGUUUGCAACGUAGUACUGCUGAAAAAGAAAAUGAUGAGGCUAAACUUGUAGAUUUACGAAAAAAGGAAUUGAACGAAAAGAUGGACAAAAUUAAAAAAUAUGCCGGAUCUAGACAUUCACGAUUUGGCGGUACUUACAUUGUGCAGAAUAUGAAAGCAAUCGGAGAAAAUCAAAUGAUAUGCCACAAACCGUAUCAAAAAAUUGAAACUCUGGAAUUUGGUCACAAUAAGAAAAGAGUGAAGCAACGCAAAGAUAAAGUGAGCAUACAGGACGCUAAAGUAGAACGUACAUCUGUUCUCAGUGUGCGACUUUUCCUAAAAGAAUUUUGCGUGGAGUUUCUUAGUGGAGCAUACAAUCCCGUAAUGAAAUUCGCUAGAUCUUGCAUUAUCAACGUAACUCACGGCGAAGCACCCGAGACCACUUCCUAUCUGUGGGCUUUGCGUUUUUUUAUGGAAUUCAAUCGCCACUACAAGUUCGAAGUGAAAUAUGUGAGCGAAACCAUAUCCACAGAAGUAUUUUAUUUAGUACAAAGGCAAAUGGAACAUUACUACGAGAUGAUGAUAACCGAUAAGAAAAGGAUAUCACUUUGGUCUCGUAGAUUGCAUUUAGCAUUAAAAGCAUAUCAGGAGCUUCUUAAUACUCUUAUGGCAAUGGAUAAGAGUACAGAUCACGGUGUCAGGGAAUCCAGUAAAAUUAUUAAAAGCAACAUCUUUUACGUUUCGGAAUAUCGGGAAACGAUAUUCUCUCAGCUUUUGUGCUUUGACGAGACUAAAAUGUCACGGCAAUAUUUAGUGGAUCUUGUAACGACUGCUCACAUAUUUAUGAAAAUGCUUGAACACUUCUGCCAGAAAGGUCAACGACGUCUCGUAAUUCAAGAAAUGAAAGUAAAGCGAAUGAAGGCUAAAAAGAAACAAAAAAAUCCCGUUCAUCAGGACACUGUAACUCCGUCUCUUACUUUGGAAGAACGUUGGGACAUUAUUGCUCCUGAAUUAUCUGCUGUAAUGCGAGAUGCCGUCAUACCAGAAAUGAUACCGUUUGACGCAACCUUAGACACGCCGAUUGACGAUCAGAAAUCGGACGCCAUGAAGAAGAUACAGAAAUUAAUGCGACAGAGGAACUUGGACAAAGCGGUUGGUCUCCUACGUGCAGCAAGAGAGAUCUGGACUGAGAACGACUGCUUUGGACGAGCGGAUAUACCUCCUGAGGAAGAAUUUCUAGCUCUUCGAGAAAUUUUCUUCGCAGAUCUGGGCGUUGAAGAAGAUCCACCUGUCACUCAAGAAACGUUAAAUCCAAACGGGGGGGAUGUUGAACAUUCUGUGAAUCGUGAAACAGACGAAGAACAGAAUGAAGAGGAGGAAGAAGAAGAAAUUGUUUCCCAUGAGACUGAUUUUAAAUUGGACGAAUUCUUUCAAAGGUUCGCGAACGUGAAGAUAGUUAAAGCUUUAGCGUUGUUACUGCAGAAAUUCGAGGACAAUACAAUUGAAGUAAAUCACUAUGCAGUAAAAAUGCUACAUCGGAUUGCUUGGAAUUGCAAAAUGCCAGCCAUGAUAUUCCAAGCGUCCAUAUUUCGUGUCUUUCAAAGAAUCUUGGAAUCAAAGGAUCCUAUAUAUAAGGAGGUCCAAAAGUUCGCGGUCUUCAUAAUCCGCCGUUUCAUCGAAGUCGCCCAGAAGAACCGGAAGUCGUACAUGGAGCUGCUCUUCUGGAAGACCAGCCGUGACGCGACAGAAAUUGUGGAUGGCUACAACGCGGAAACGACUAACAGAAAAGUUUCACGAGCAGUCUGGACCGAGACGGAAGAGGACGAGCUACGGACUCUUUUCAUGGAGCAUCAGACUAACAAAUACCCUCAAGACGUGAUCGACUGGAUAUUGGAGCACAUCAUCAAUGAAGCUAGAACGCGACGUACCAUCAUUAAAAAGCUCAAAGAAAUGUGUUUGAUUGUCAAUUCUAAGAGUGUGCGAGCCGAGGUACAAAAGAGGCUGCCCAAGGAAUGGUCCGAGGAAGAAGUUGCCCAGCUUACGGAACUUUGGACACAGUUCAAGGACGAUGACGAUCCCGUGGAUUUGAUUUUCACCGGUCUUAGAAUAAAGCGGCCGAAGCCGAAGAUCAAGGAGAAGCUUUUGGAAUUAGGAUUGGCGCAGGAUCGCAAGGAGCUGCGCAAAAAACGAGCCAGAAAAAGCAACCAGGGUAAAUCGUCGUGGGAAACGCAAGCUGCCAGUAAUUCUGACGGGAACGAAAGUUCAGCCACCGACGACGAAGACGACGAAGACGACGAAGAAACUCGAAAAUCCUCCAAGCGCGGCGGCGCGCCUCGUCGAAGCGAGGAGCCGACGAAAAAGAAGCAACGGAACAGGCGGAAGCUACCGACGAUCGUUUACACGGAUGCACAAUUAUCCGGUCUCUUGAAGGACGUCAUCGACAGGGACAUGAGAGAAGCGUUGGGAUGGAUCAAGGAAUCCCUGCAAGACAUUCUGGACGAUCGUGACGAGGAAAGCUCCGAGGGCAUACCCUUGGUGCCACUGACAGAUUACUCGUCGACCGCGAUGGAUUCACCGAGUUUUCAAAAGCUUCUCCGUGCCCUGGGAUUUAUGCCACCGGCUGAUGCCCAGGAAUCUUAUUGGCGUAUUCCGGCGAAUAUGCUUACAGCCACAAUUCAGAAACGCUACAAACUCGUCGAAGACGCUUUAGCCGGUGAAUUUGUCGUUGAGGAAACACAACCAGAACCACGUAAAGAUUUUGACAUUGACGAAAAGAUGGAUGACAGUGGAGACGAUGUUGACGUGUUUGAGAAUGUUAAAAAAUUCUUUGUACCUGCAGAACCGCAACCAUCAACUUCCAAACAAUCGAAACCUCGUGCUAAGAUUCAGAAAUCUAAACAAUUAUCGAAAUUAAGCGGAGAAGGUAGCGAAGCGGAAGUUGCGGAGAAAAGUGAUGAAGCCAAAGUUGUAGAAGAAACGAAUGAUAACAUAAGCAAUGCGAGAAAUCGCGUAAGAAUGUUCGAUGAUUCCUCAGACUCGGAAAUGGAAAUUGAAAGAAACCUUGAUGAUAAGAACGACGAUACAAAAAGAGAUCGAUCCGAUUCCUCUGAUACAGAUAAACCAUUUAAUAAGAAACGACGAUUACUUGAUAGCGACGAGGAAGAAGAAUCGCUAAAAGAUGAUAAUGCUAAGACAAAUAGCACUCGCAUAAUAAUUAGCGAUGACGAAGAAUUAUCUAAUGCGCCAUCUGAGCGCCCUAAAUUAGCUCGCAUAAUAAUCAGUGAUGAAGAAGAUUAAAUCAGAAUACGUUUAUUUAUAUUAUCUACUAUUAUUUUAAAUAUUCAGAUAUGUUCUUAAAUAUUCAAAACGUUAUACAGAACAUAUAUACUCUAUAAUAUAUAUUUUAAUAUCUUUUUAAAUUUUAAUAGAAAAGUCAAACAUAUUUUGUCAAUUAUCUCUUAAAAAAUACGCAGUACUAAUUAAUAGUUGCAGAAAUAAAAAAAAAGUUGAGGCAGUUACUCAAUUUUGAUAAAUCAUCAUUAA